UAGGUCCCAGACCGGUCGGAUAGAGGAGACGGUUGAUAAAGGAGCCUAUUCAGCGGGGUUUAAUUUUAUAAAUAACUUGGGCUCCACAGACCACCUCCCCGUCGUCGAGUCGGAAAUAAAUUUAAAUGCAGUUUCUUUUAUGUUUCACGUUUGCCGGGGCGGAAACGGUUCUAUUUUCCUCGUAAUUAUAUCGAACGAAAUUGUUAAUUGAACGAAAUGGCGACGGAAUUCGGGACUGGGAAAUCAAUUUUCAUAUUGGCCAUAGUCGCGGGUUGUUUUGCCAUACUUUGGCCGAAUAUUUUCUAUCCCAUGAUAGUCGGAAACACAGCUACGAAAGGACAACAAGCCAGCAACGGAAACGGAUGUUGCGAUGUUAUUUUUGAUACGGAUGUCAAUGCUAUUAAACUGAUGACCGAAUUGUGCGAAAGGAUUUUAAGUCGUGAAAACGAGUUUGAUAAGAAAUUUCUUUUUGCUUUUCAACAAGGAAAGCUAACGAAAGAAAUUGUUCACACUUGCCAAAAAACCGUCUUGGACAAGUGUGAUGUCGACAUAACAGAAUUUCUGAAUGAAAAAGUCCUCUUAGGAAAAUCCUAUAAACAAAUGUUGGAUGAAAUUAGAUCUUUAAACAGCUCACUAUGUUUAAAGCGGUCUUUUGGUAUUUCGUUUAAACAAAUUGGUCUCCCACGGACGGUUCGCAUUUGGGGCAUUAAUCAACCAAAGCACUUAAGGCAAGAACGUCCACCACAUUUACAUCCUGAAUUUCUGCAUCCAGCGUUAAGAGAAAAAGGAAGAGCAAUUCCACAAUCCCAUGUUGUACCUAAAAUCAAACAGCAAGAAGGACGGCCUGGACCUUUACCAGGAAUUCGACCUCCAAUGGGUGGUGCAGGUCAUGUCGUUCCUCCUCCUAAAGGUAGUGGAACUAUGGGUAUUGUCAUGCCAAUGUACACAAUCGGGAUAGUCGUCUUUUUCCUUUAUACUAUGAUGAAGAUAUUAUUCAAGAAAUCUGAUAGUACAUCGGGAUAUGAAGGAUUUUCCCCUGACCCUGAUUUCCAGAGAGUUGUAUUUGGUGAACGCGUUGUUCAUAAAGGUUUCGCUAAUGGAAAAGAGAGUGAAGACACAACUAAAUUAGGGCGGCGGGAACGAGAUACAAGGGACUUGGAACUGGAUUUGUUGAAGAAGCGGCUACAAGAGACAGAAAAAGCAAUGGAGCGUAUAGUUGCAAAGAUGAUGUCACUGCCACACAACAACCAUUCUGAGAAGGAGAAAGAAUUGGAAAAAGAAAUAGAACAUCUUGUGGACGAUGAGGUCAAAAGUCUUGACAAAGAAGAAUUUGAAGAAGAGGUGGUGGAAGAGGAAGAAGCAGAAGACACAGGAAAAGGUGUAGUCAAAGUGCUUGGUAUGGAGAUGACAGAAAGUUGUGAAAAAGGGGCCAAGUGGAGUAGACCGCCGACUCCACUCAGUAGGCCAACCACACCUCAAAAUAUCUACAUUUCAGGUGCCGUACCUUCUCAAUCACAAUUAUUAGUCAGUGAUUCGCAUACAGAAACAAUUCCAGCUGAAGAUCAUGCAGUUGUACUUACUGGAAAAGUCACACUUUCUCUUAUUGGGCUUGAAAACGAGGAAGGAUCUGCCUAUAAAGUUUCUUCAUCGGAUCAAUUAAGCGAAAAUAAAAAAGAUAAAACAGAAUGUGAAACUGGCUUGAACAGUGAUGAACACCAUGACAGUUUUGGCUCUGAGGACUCAAGCAAACUUACGGAAAUUGAGAACAAAAAAACUAAUAUUUCAGCUGAUGAACAUGAAGAAAUAAAGGAAACGAAGGACCUUUCUGCAACAAACACAGAUGAAUUUGAUGUAGAGGGAGAACAGGAUGACUUAGAGGAAGAGUAUGAGGAAGAAGUUGAAGAGGAAGAAGAUUUCGAAUCAAACGAAGGAAAACAAAAGCACAUGGAGACAUAAAAUUUGAAAUUUUGCUAAUUGAUGCAAUUGUUUAUAACUUUUGUCAACACUUUUUUUGAAAAAAAAUGGAUCAAAUAAAUUGUAAAUGUGUUUUAUAUUGUUAAAGAUAUGUUAACAAUUGAAAAAACUAGUCUCGUAAAGUCAGAUAGGUAUCAUUAUGCUUCAGUAUUAAUUUUGAGGUUGAAGUACACACAGUUUUGAACACUGUAGUUAUAUUUAUUAUAUUGUGUUAUUUUAUUUUUAUUAUUGUUAAAUGUGUGUUAAUUUGCUAACAGGUUAACACACAGUUACUUGUUUUGUUUGAUUGAUGUUGUUAAUCAUAGUGUCAUAUUUGCCUAAGCAAUGAUAUUAACAUAUUAGCAUUAUAAAUAUAAUCAACGAUUUAAAUUAUUAGUGCCAAAACUUUAUUGUGAUAUAUUAAUAUUGAACAGAUGUGCUGAUUUGACAGCUUUAAUAGGAUUAGUUCUGACGGGCUUCCUGGGAUUUGUUAAUCAUUUAUCUCUCUAUUGGGCAAUCAGGUUUCAAUAAUGUUUAGGUACCACCGCUACAACUUCUAUUAGUUUCUUGUCAUUACGGAACUUUCUUACAGCUGGCUUACUCAGAA